UUCUAUAAAAAGCAACUAUAAAAAUUCACAGAAAGACUCAAUAAUUCCCCCAAAUCUGCACACUCUCCGAUCACAAACUCAACACUCCACCAUGACCGACGGUGAUACCAAAUCCGUUAUCGGCAGAUGGGCCGACGAACCCGAUGACGUACCGGAGGAGUCCACUGCAUCCUCUUCCUCCGCCGCCGCUGGCUCUACCGCCGCAGCAACCGCCGACGAAGUUAAUCUAGACUCUCUCGCUGUUGACGAUUCCAAAAAAGUCAACGAUUUUCUCGAUGAUCCAGAAGAUUCCAACAUUCAAGCUGUUACGUCUGGUGAUACGCCUUAUACUUCUGCUGUUAGAUUUGAAGAUUUGAAUCUAUCUCCUGAGUUGUUGAAAGGAUUAUAUGUGGAGAUGAAGUUUGAGAGGCCGAGUAAGAUCCAAUCUAUAAGUUUACCGAUGAUAUUGACUCCACCGCACAAGAAUUUGAUUGCCCAGGCGCAUAAUGGUUCUGGAAAGACGACUUGUUUUGUGCUCGGGAUGUUGAGUCGUGUUGAUCCGAAACUUGGUGCUCCUCAGGCACUUUGUAUAUGCCCUACUAGAGAAUUGGCUAUUCAGAAUAUGGAAGUGCUGCUAAAGAUGGGAAAGUUUACUGGCAUAACUUCCGAAUUGGGUCUUCCUGCUGAUAAAGCUAAUUAUAUUCCAAUCUCUAAAAGAGCACCAGUGACAGCACAAGUCAUUAUUGGCACACCGGGGACUAUUAAUAAAUGGAUAGCAGCCAAGAAGUUGGGUACAUCUAAUUUGAAGAUCCUCGUGUUUGAUGAAGCAGAUCAUAUGCUGGCAGAGAGCGGUUUCAAAGAAGAUUCCGUGAGGAUAAUGAAGGAAAUUGUCAGGUGGAGUCCCCAAUGUCAGGUUCUACUGUUUUCCGCUACAUUCAAUGAGACCGUGAAGGCAUUUGUAUCAAAAAUUGUGAAAGAUCUUUUUGUACAAGACUACAACCAGUUGUUUGUUAAGAAGGAAGAAUUGUCGUUGGAUUCUAUCAAGCAAUAUAAAGUGAAUUUGCCCGAUGAGCUCUCAAAGAUUAUGGUAAUUAAGGAUAAAAUAAUGGAUUUAGGAGAGAAAGUCGGGCAAACAAUUAUAUUUGUCAGAACAAAAAGAAGUGCCGGUAUGUUACAUGAUGCACUUGUUAAGUAUGGUUAUGAGGUAACGACAAUUCAAGGCGCGCUUACACAAGAAGACAGAGAUAAGAUAGUCAAAGAAUUCAAAGACGGGUUAACUCAUGUUCUUAUAUCAACCGAUCUUCUUGCUCGCGGGUUUGAUCAAUCUCAGGUUAAUCUGGUAGUUAACUAUGAUCUUCCAAUUGUAUACGAUAAUCCCACAGAGCCUGACAAUGAAGUAUACUUGCACCGCAUAGGUAGAGCGGGACGGUUUGGCCGCAAGGGAGCUGUAUUCAACUUACUAUGUGGCGAUAGGGACAGAAUGAUUAUGGAAAAAAUUGAGAGACACUUCAACCAUUAUGUAACUGAGGUGCCAUCAUGGACAAGUGAUGAUGACUUCAAGGACGCUUUGAAGAAAGCUGGUUUGAUGUAAAGUUUUUGUAAUGGUCCUUAUUUUAAGUUUGUUAUCCCGUGAUUACUUGUUACAAUUUGGUUGAUAAACCAUGAGUAAAUUGUUUUUAUUGGAUGUGUGAUAUGGAUUUUGUAUUAAUUGGUUUUGUAAUCAGUUUUGUUUGUGACAAGAGACUUUAAAGUUGGAGACAUGUUUUGUUGACAAAGCUUUUUCUAUUAA